UGUGAAGUUGCAAUUUGUGGCGGUGUCAAUUGUAUCUUAUACCCAGAUAUAUUUGUUCCGCUCAGCAAAGCACGUAUGGUAUCACCUACUGGACAGUGUCAAGCUUUUUCUGAUAAGGCUGAUGGCUAUGCCAGAGGAGAGGGAUGUGGAAUCGUUAUGCUGAAAACAAAGAGGCAGGCGUUGAUUGACGGUAACAAAAUAUGGGCAGCCAUAGCAACAGGAUGCAACCAAGAUGGACGAACAACAACUCCUAUUACUGCGCCAUCUAGUGUUCAGCAACGGAAUCUUUUGGUGAAAGUCUAUUCUGAAACUGGCAUUAAUCCGAAGGACAUACAGUACAUAGAAGCACAUGGAACAGGUACUCCAGUUGGUGACCCAAUUGAAACCAACACACUUGGUCAGUUUUUUGCUAAUAAGCUACCAGACGACGAUAACCACCUGGAUAGCAUCCUUCUAGGGUCCGUAAAGACAAACAUUGGACAUCUGGAAUCCGCCGCUGGGGCAGCAGGACUGAUCAAAGUUCUCUUGAUGAUGACGCAGGGUAAGAUUGUUCCUUCUCUUCACUUUGAAAAUCCGAACCCAAAUAUCGAUUUUGACAGCUAUCGUUUAGAAGUUGCACGAAAAAUGUCACCAUGGCCGUGUCAUAAACAAGGAGGAAGGCUCUCGUGUGUGAACUCAUUCGGAUUCGGAGGGACAAACAGCCAUGCCGUAAUAAAGCAAUACCCUGAUAGAAACAUUAGAAACCACGUGAAAACAAGUAAAGGAAAACAUAUCAUCGCCGUUUCGGGUAGUGAUAUCACAUCUUUAGGAAAGAAUUUAACCCAUUUGAAACAGAACAUACACAAAGCCAAAUACUGCAUAGAGGACGUAUCGUAUACAUCAACCUGUAGACGGGAUCAUUACUCAUACCGUGUUGCCUUACACGUGGAGACAAAAGAGGAAGUCGUGAGUAUGUGCAACGAACAGUUACAACAGCUUCCGUCGAUUAAACCACCAGGCUUUUCCAGACCAAACAUAGUCUUCGUCUUCUGUGGAGUAGGAACUACCUGGACGGGCAUGUGUCAGGAAAUGAUGAAGAAGGAAGACAUAUUCAAAGACGCGGUCAGAAAUAUUGACAACAUCCUCACGCCUUUAGCCGGAUGGUCGAUCUUCCAAACGCUUACAGACGGAUUUGACAUCACUGAUCCACUAAAAAGUCACCUGGCGAUUUUUACAUGUCAGGUUGCACUGACAAAACUUUGGAAUCACUUUGGAAUACAACCCGACAUCAUUGUUGGCCAGUCUGUUGGAGAGGUGGCGGCAGCAUAUGCAGCUGGGGCUUUGACACUGGAGGAUGCAGUCAGGGUCAUAUAUGAACGAUCAUUUUUACUAGCUAAAGCCACAGGUGGAACAAUGUGUGUAGUUGGAAAUUGUUACGUGUCAAUUGUAGCUGCCGUUUGCAAGAAAUUUCAAGGGAAGGUGAGCAUUGCAGUCCAUAGCAGUGCUAAGGCAUGUACAAUCUCUGGAGAUAAAGAUGCCAUAGAGGAAUUCAUACAAAUUCUCGAAAAAAAGAGCAAAGAAAAUAUUUUGAUACGCCCAUUAGAUGUGCAAUGUGCGUACCACAGUCACUACACGAAAGCCGCAAGUGAACAAUUGGAAACUAGUCUUCUUGGACUUAGAGGGGUCAAACCGAAAUGCGAAUUGAUUUCAACAGUGACAGGAGGAAAAGCAGAGACAAACGAUUUUGUUUCUCCGGGAUAUUGGGCCAAAAAUGUCCGACAACCGGUUUUAUUCCAACAAGCCAUAACUAAAGCGCAGUUGGAUAAAACUUUCAACAUUUACCUUGAAAUAGGACCAAAGCCUGUACUGCGCUUUCAUCUAGGUGAUAUAGUGGGAAACAGUAAUGCUACAGCUCUGCCAUCAAUGACAGAAAAGAAGAAAUGGGAAAUGGUGCGACUUUCCCUGAUGGAACUCUACAAACAUGGCGUCGACCUACACUGGAAAAACAUUGUCACAACAGGUCAUUUGACGGAUAUUCCAAAAUGCUUAUUCAACCAGGUAAAACUGCUGUUUGAAUCAGACGUUACAUCUUUGAAAUACAGUGGUGUUCAGACCACUCAGUCAAAUCACCUCUUUGUGGAACGAGCAGGAGGAGAUGACAUACAGUUCAAAAUCAACAUAUCGCCGAACACAACUUGGUUUCUCUAUGAACACGUUGUUUCAGGUACGAUCAUGGUUCCCGGUGCGUUUUACAUCGACGUCGCGAUGGCGGUUUGCAAGGAGCUUGUCAAAAACAAGAGCCAGAAAAAUCUAAGUAUAGCAGCACAAUUUUUACAGCCACUGCGGUUAAGCAAAGGAGAAGCUUGUAAAGCAGAAGCAUCCGUCGAUCAGUUUGAGGACGAGUUGUCAAUCUACAUACGGAAAAACAAGGAAACGGUUGCCAAAUGUCAAAUUACGGAUAUCAAGGAAAUGUCCUUAGAAACUGUUGACGUAGAAGCGAUUCGGAGAAGAUGUACAGUUCGCCAGUCGGCCUCACAAACAUACCAGAAUCUCAAAAGACUUGGGUUCGCAUAUGGCAACGACUUACAAAUCUUGGGUGACUCUAUUAAAUCUGAUGAUGAGUGUCUUGUUCAAAUGACGCUCUCAGAUGCAAUUUUCAAAAACAUCGACUCUACAAACUUACAUCCGUCAAUACUUGAUGGACUUCUACAAACACCAGGUGUUCUUAACGUAAAGGUCAACUUUGGUACUACACUUCUUCCAGGUGGAAUCGAAAGUAUCAUCAUCCGCCAACCCCCAGAAAGAAACAUGCUUGCCUUUGCAUCAUUGGUUUCUCAAACAAAAGAGAAAAUCCAGUACAACGCCCUGCUUUUGACUGAAGAUGGAAGGGUUAUAGCAGAAGUCAGAAACUUUUUUAUCCUUUGUAUUGGAACCAACCACAGGGAUGACGAGGAUUGUAUGUAUCAAAACCAUUGGGAAGAAUUAGAGAUGAAAGCCUCACUGACAGAUAGUCUUAACUCCAACGAUGAACCACACAAGUCCAUCGUCAUCUCACUUGACAGAAAGGACGCGGAAAUACUUGAUUCAGAGAUCAGCCAAAUGUCAAUAUCUCAUAUUUUGACACAGGGAAAAAAUCUCCAAAACACCCUCACACAACACUUGCAGAUUCCUGAUCAAUUUCAAUCAAUUAUUUUCUCAGUGGGCAAAGUUGAGAACCUGGACUUGUUAACAGGUCAAGAAGUGAUGCAAAAUGCAUCUGAAAAUGUUUCGACACUACUGCACGUCUGCCAGUUGCUUGUAAAACUGAAGACUAAGUUACAUGUUCUAAUCAUUACUGAACAAACCCAAAGAAUUGAUACGUCACACAACUCUGUAGAUAAUAUCAUAGGUUCAGAACUUUGGGGAAUGGCUAGGACCAUAGUUCGCGAAUUUCCUUUGCAGCUUACCUUGAUUGACAGGCAUGUUCCGUUACGUCUAUGCAGUUCAACCAUCACUGAACUUCUAGUCCAUCAAAAUCCCCAGUUGUGCUCAGAAGCUGAACUUUUAGUCACUAGGAACAAAGUGUAUUCAAACCAAAUGGUGCGACAACAGAAAGAACCGGGGGAAUACAAAUGGAUUUCUCUCAGCGCAUUCGACCGAAUACAUCUGAAAUCCUAUCAUCCAGAUGACGUAAAUGAGAAGUUUUGUUUACUACAAGAUGAUGAAUCCCUGCCAAAAGGAUUACUUAUGGAAGUCGAGACAGCUGUUUUGCACGACAAGACAAUGUUUUCUCUGACAACACAAUCUGCAGAAAAUGACAUUCCGAUUUGGGAAACAUCAAAGGAGGAUGGAUUUGAUAUAAUAACGUUUGAAAUCUGCGGCAAAGUAACUUCACAGUUAGAUGAAAAUGCCCCCCCAAAACAACUAGAAGGAUUGUAUGCUGCUUGCUCUCAAUUCACCUUACAAAGCAUUGUUAAGGUGCCAAAAGAAUGCAUGUUGAGAAUUGACGACCUCCCCAGUUACAAACCAGGACUCCUACUAACGUCCACUCUCUUAUGGCAGAUGAAACAAUAUUUUGUCAAAGGAAAAUCGCUUAUUGUGAGCGAUGGUGAUGACACUUCCGGUUUAAUGCUACGGUCAAUGCUUUCAAAACCUUUGGCAAGCCAAGUCACCUUUACAACGUUAAACAGCCUGAAGAAAUCUGACUCUCAUCAAUUCAAUGCUGACAUAGUUGUGAUUCUAACAGCUGUAGACUUCGUUGCAAUUGAUUCCCUACUGAACAAGAUAAAAGGGGUCAAUGCAUGCUACUCCCUAGAAAUGUUUGGGGGGAUGAAAGUCUGGCAAACAGCAAAGAAGAGACACAAGGCUAUCCUUUUCAACAUAUUGAGAAAUGAAGAAAUACUGAACCCUGAAGUUCUCUUAGAAACCAUUCCAAAAGUUGUAAAAUGGCUGAGGAGGAAAAUACCUAAGAUCAACAGUAGUGAUAUUGGUAGCACAACAGGAACUGUGGUUCAGUUGAAAUCAGCAAAACAGGAAGGAAUGCGAGUGAAAUCCAAGAUGCAGCAGCUUUUCCGGAGAAACAGUUGUUAUAUUAUAGUUGGAGGAUUGACCGGGUUAGGAUGGGAGAUCCUCAAAUACCUUGCAGCAGCUGGCGCUGGAAAGAUAGUCACGAUUUCAAGAUCCCAUCCAAACGCCGCUAAGGUUAGAGAAAUAACUAAGCUGGAGAAAGCUACUUCGACGUCAAUAAAGGCAAUGUCGGCAGACAUUACAAACAUCAGAUCACUGGAGAAAGUUUUCGCCAGAAUCGAUGGUGAAUUUGGACGUCAUUCUGUGAAAGGAAUAUUCCAUGGCGGGGCUGUUUUGAAUGACGGAUUGUUCACGAAGCAGACAGAUGCUGACUUUAGAAAAGUAUUGCUCCCUAAAGUUCUCGGAAGCUGGAAUCUCCAUGUACUUUCGAAUCGGUAUGACCUUGACUUUUUCAUUUUACACUCAUCCAUGACAUCGAUUUUCGGAAAUAAAGGUCAAAGCAACUACAGUGCUGGGAAUGCCUUCAUGGAUUCACUAGCACAUUACAGAGCUGCGAAAGGCCUGCCUGCGUUAAGCAUCAACUGGGGACCGUUGGCUGUCGGCAUGGCCACAGACAAUUCCCUCCAAGAGGAACUAGAAAGAAUCGGCUACAUGUUUCUUGAUGUCAGAAAGAUUACAGACACACUGAUGAAAAUGCUUAUGUCAGAAGGGAAUCAGAUAGUUGCGGGGAUAUUCGAUUGGUCGUUGGUAGACCGACAGUUUUCAGACAAAUCAAUGGAAAGAGUGAGAAGAAGAUUUAGACGUGUAAUGGGCAAUGACAACGGAAGAAGAAUGCAGGCGAUAUCAGAGGAAAUUAUCGGCAAUCACGAUUUGGAUACCAAUGAAGGUAUCACAAGCUUUGUGACGGACGUGGCAUCACGAGUAUUUGCUGUAGAUGCCGAUAUGAUCAACAGCUCUACUUCACUAAUGAAUCUCGGAAUAGAUUCUAUGGUAGCAAUGACAUUUGUGAAUACCAUCAACAAUGCCACAGGCUGUACAAUCCCGAUUGUCCUGCUUUUGUCCGAGGAGACCAACAUCGGAAAGGUAGUUGACUACAUUGAAGCAAACAUAAAAAGAACAAAUGAUGUGGAGAGUUCCCACAACGAUUCUACAGUGACGGAUGACCUUACGCAUAUGGAAAAGGAUUACUUCCAAUACAUGAUUGAUAAUGCAGAAGCGCUCAGUCUCUUCAUCUAUUGUGACUUUGAAGCAACCGGGAUCUUUGCUGACGAGACAUUGUGGAGAGCUAAUCUUACACACGUUGUGCAGAAACACUCAGCACUGAGGACUCGUUUUGUACAUAAUACAGAUGGCCACGCAAGCAAUGUAUACACAAGACUGGUAGAGCCGGCUGAACAAACGAAAAUAGACUUCCGGGUGGUCACAAAAGGAACAAUUGACAGAAAUGAACGGAUACCAUCAGAUUUAGCGCUGUACAGAUUCCUUCCGGAAGCUGAUUUACCACUUCGUUAUAUCUUUGAAAACAGAAAUGGAACGUCUUUCAUUCGAAUGGUGUUUUCGCACCUUACAUUUGAUAUGGCCUCAAUACUGAUUGUUCUUGAAGAUAUAAAAAACUUCAGCAUCAAUUCAGAAGUACCAGUUCAAGUUUCUGCACCACCACAAGAUAUAGCCAGACAGGUGAAGGAACGACUACGUGAACAAGAGACGGCGUUGGAGACAUAUUGGAGAAACAAGAUACCUAAACAGCUAUCACCGUUAUCAUUGGCUGGCGCUGAUAGUUACCACUUCGAAGACAAGGACAUAUCUACAACAACGGAUAAGAUACCCAAGGAACUUGUUAUGAAACUGGUACAAUUUUGUCGCAACCAUGAAACUACCCCGUAUCAAUUAAUGAUGACAGCAUAUCAAAUGGUUCUUCACUUAGUCACCGGUGCGGAAACUGUCUGUGUUCUUACCUUGGCGGACAUGCGAAUGCAUUUCCCAGAAUUUCAACGGGAAAUAGGUUGCUUAGUAAACACAGUUCCAUUAUUUUGUACUUUUCCCAGAGAUGGUACAAUCAGCAACAUACUGGCAGAAAACGGGAAAGAAAUUCGAAUGAUUUUAAACAGCAGUUUGUAUCCUUUUAGCCAGAUAGUAAAAGAGGUUGGUACGAGGCAAGUGGAGCCGGACUCUGUGUUGAGACAUAUGCUAAUUUACAGAGAUUUCCAGAAGGAAAACACAAAGGAAAAUGAAGGAUAUGUCAAUUUGUUGAAUAUGGUGUCUCCUAACCACAUGUAUGAGACAAUGCUUGCGGUGAUGAACGAUCGCAAAAACACACAUAUGAGUUUGGAGCUUGAAUACAACACACUUGCCAUCACCAAGUCUAAAGCAGAAUCCCUCUUACAGAUGUUUGUCAAUGUAAUAGAAUAUCUGAUUGACCACACUGACUCCACCAUGCAGGGAAUGACAAGUGUUAUCAACCGAGCGCCACUAGAGUCAACACAGCCGGUUUAUCUGAAUUCCGGAGAGUUUAUCAAGCAAACUCGUAACGGAUGGAAUCACGCAGUCCAGCUCUCAGUUUGUCGGAAAAAAGAUGGAAACCGUUUCCAAACAAUACUGAAAUGGAGUAAACCGAACAGUCAACAGUCUCGAGACCUCAAUGGGAAGGAUAUAGAAUCAGUUGACAGAGCAGUUUGCAAUGGUUUACAGACGCUACUGGUAAGGACAAGGAAAAGAGUGUUCACCUUCAUGACUCCGAAUAAACGACUGUGUGAUGAAAUCACCGACGGCUUACUGGAUGGAUUAGAGAGAGCUCGAAAUGGACACCCAGAUACAAGUUUGUGACAUUUGUUUGAUCAUGAAUUUACGUAACAUGUUACCACGAUACGUGUUACGUAUACAAAUAGGAGACACGAUAUUAUGCUUCGAAACCUUUAUUUUGUGCUGUGACUACGUUUUGUCUCUCAGUAUAGUAAUGUGUGAUCUAUGAUAAUGAAUCGAUUCAUAUCUAAAACUUGUCAUGUAUAUGGUGGAAAGAUGU